ACUACUUCCUGUUGUUUUGCGACCGGGAUUUUUAAUUUCCACUUAUAGCCUACAACUGCGUAUUUAUCUCAUUUGGCAUUGAUAACCUGGAUCUUUAGAGUGAGAGAAAUAGCAUAUUAAAAAACAUGCCAAAGAGGAAAUCUACUGAAGUGGGGAAAUCCCCUAGUUCAGCUACCAAGAGACAAAAGACAGCAUCCUCUGCAGAAACAAAAUCAAAAAAGAAAUCUCCAAGAGAGACAACAACACCACGGAAAUCGGCCUCAAUUAAUACGGCAUCACCAAAGGAAGUUGUAAAGAAGAAAGCAUCGCCAAAAAAAUCAGCCUCAACAAGAAAAACCUCUUCAAAAGCAGCCAAAGGAAAGAAAACCUCAGCGAAAACUGAUGAUGAUGAUGAUGAUGAUGAUGAAACUGAUGAUAAAGUUUCUUCUAGCAAGCAAAAGAAAACCUAUCCUAAACUUGUGGACCCUGCAACAAACAAAGAAACGGUUGGCCAAAUUAUAUAUUCAGCAAAAGAACCAACCAGAAACAAGAAAGGAGAACUUGUAUUUCCUGAUUUCCCAGAAUUCCAUCCAAACAUGACACCGAAGGAAGUUCUCCAAGCAGGCAGUUUUGGAGGGACUUAUUUUCGUCCAAUCUAUUCAUCUGUUACUGGUAAACAGUACAAAGAUGAGGCGUUCCUAGAGCUGCCUAAAGAUUGGACAGAAGGACUGAAUAUCAAGAAAAAGGUAACUUCCUCCAGGUAUGACGAGGGGGUAAACACCUACAAGGUCAAGUGUGGGGGGAGCCUGGAGAUGUGGGAGGAGAGCGGCUGGAUCCACAAACAGGACCCCUAUGGCUGGUUUCAGUGGUACUGCAGGUUCUACCAAGGUCGUAGGUCAGCUGAUGAUGAGCGACAGGUGGGUCGGUGGCUCCGUUGUGCCGGCCCCACGGGGCGGUGGAAGAACAACCUGAUCAUGAAGUGUUACCGGGGCGGGGCCCAGUACAACGACCCCAACAUCUCUCCCGUGGUCAGACAGACUCUGCAGCACUGGGGGUACCGCCUGACGGAGGACGAUUAUCAGGCCAAGGUCAAACAGCUGAUGAGGAAGAGAGUCGUGUAGAAAAUCCAGAGAGAGGGAGAGAGAGAGAGGAAGAGAGUUUUGGGGAUGAUACAGAGAUAAGAAAAUCAAUGAAAAGAGAUUUAAGGGAAAGUGUUGUGUAGAAAAUGUAGGAAAAGGGAUAAUGGUGUAGAAAAUCCACGCAGACUGUGAAAGGAAAAGGAUUGUUUUCCUUAUGUUGUGAAUGAGAUGGAUGGUUGGAAGGGCAUUAAAUGUUUUAAAGUGUAUUAAAAUGAACCAGGGACAAUUUAUAUCCACAGAAGGGAUAAUGAUCGGAUUAUGCAUUGUAGAAUAUCCAGAAUGAUCCUUAAUUGAUCCUACUGAGAAUAAUGCUAGUUAGAGAUAGAACUAGGGAAAAAUUUAUUUUUGUUAUACAUGUACUUUGUAUUUCUGUAAUAGUUUAGUGUCUAGAACAUUAGAAUAUAUAAAUUAUUUCAAUUUUAUCAGUUACAUGUGCAUGUAAUGUAUAUUCUGAUUGUAUACAGGUAAAACUGGUUGUAAAAAUGUCACUUUUUGAUAUUUUGGAUUGCGCUAUUUGAAAUCUAGUACAUGUAUAUUCAAUCAUGAAAAAAAUUGAAUGUACAAUGUAUUUAUCAAAACAUUGAUUAUGUUCACUAACAGUUCAGGGUACAUUUAUAUUUACUAGUAUAUGAUAUAAAAAAAAUCAUUGUUACAGGUCUUUUUUAAAUGUAUAAAUGAUAUCAAUAAAACUAAAAGUUUGCUCUGAGAUUUUAUACAUUUUCAUGUGCAUUAUACCAUGAUAUUCUUUGAUUUUAUUGGCUUUGAUUUUAUGUACAACAGAAAUUCAGAAUAUUUUACAAAAAUGAUUAGAUUUUUAACCAAACAUUUUAUCAUUAUUCAACAUUUUAUAAAUGCAUGUCAUAAUACUUUUGAUCCUCAUAUUUUAUUAAAAUUAGUAUAUAUAUUUUUUUGUGUCUUUAAACUUGUUUUUGAAUAAAAAUCUUAACAUGCUAGUAGUACAUUUAUGAUUAAAAAAUGAGUAAAAAAAGACAUGAUGAGAGGAAUGUAUUUUGUACAUACUUUUGAAUUUGCUGAUAUUGUAUUUCUCAGGUGUUUGUCUUACGGGUGUAUUUUACAUUGUCAAUAUUCAGCAUUCAAAAAUAAUAAAUAUGAAUAUCGUC